AUGUGGUCCAAUUUCUUCAUGCAGGAAGAGGAAGGGAGGAUAGGUGUGGCAGGCGUGGGUGGGGCCGGGGGAGGGGCCGGGGGGCUGACGGGGGCAAAGGGGACGCGCGGGGGCAUGGGCAAGCGAAGGGGGCACACGGCAUCCAGGAUGAGCGACAGCCAAGAGGGGAAAAUCAAGCUGGCGUUUUUCGUCGCCAUCGUGGGUGUGACGCUGACCGUCCUGGGUGUGGGCACUGAGUUCUGGGUGGAGCUGGCCCCGCCAAAGAGCUUCUUUAACAACCAGACGUGCCUGGCCGCUCACUACGGCCUGUGGAAGGGCUGCGUGAGGACGCUAUGGGUGUCGGACAUCGAUCCCGAGAGGGAGAGCUGCGGGCCCGCCGAACUGCCCGGAGAAUCAAACUGCACGUACUUUAAAUUCUUUACAUCUGGGGAAAAUGCAGUUAUUUUUAAGAAAACCACAACGAAAAGUCUGAAUAUCGCUGCAGCCAUCGUGGCCCUGCUUAGCCUUUUCAUGAUGGCCACAGGUUCCAUAUGCAUCAUCAUGUCCCUCAGCAAAGGGGUGCAGUUCUUCCUAAAGCCUGCAUCCUUCUGCUUCAUCCUCUCAGGCUUCCUGGUCUUGGUGUCUCUCAUCAUCUUCCACCAGUCGGUUCUCUCCCUGCUGGCCAGCGACCAUUCUGUCCCGCUGCACCACGAGCUCUCCUGGUCGGUGGCCUGCGUGGGCACGGCGGGGGCCAUCCUGAUUGUGGGUGGCGUCUUCUUCCUCUUACUCGCCCUUCCCUACAGCCCUUGGGAAAGAUGCUUGCAUCACAAUCGCAGCGCCACCUAGCUGCCCGGAGUCACUAAGUCUACAUAGAUAGUUUUAUAUUGUGCGAUUUCGUCAAUUAAGAGAUAGAUGGACAUACUGACAGACAGACAGACAGACAGACAGAUAGGGAUACACUGUAUAUACUUACAAUGUAACGCAGGGAUAAGGAAACAGACGUGGCCCAACACAGUUUGAUGGUAUAAAAUGGAACUGGGCAAACAUAAGCAGAUACAUUAAAUUUAUGACACUGUAUUUCAUUUCUGUUUCUGAACCCAGACUCGUAUAACUAGAUACGCUUCCAAGAAUACGAUGUUUAUUUCUGACAGCUGACUGGGAGCCCGCAGUGGUGGAACAAAUUGGCCUUGUUCCACCGGGGGCUCAGGGUGUGUAUGUUGGCCAGGGUUCCCUCAUCAUUCUGCUCUCGGCAACCUGAGACUCGUCCGGGCACCUAUGAGCUGCUCAGAUGACGCUGGGGAGAUGUGCCUGUCCUCCUCUCACCGUCUGCUUCCUGGGGCACUGUGGGGCUCCCCUGUGUGAGUGUGGAGGUUCCAACAGUGAGACGAGCCUAAUGUGCAAUUGGCAACCGCAAAGCUGUUGGGUGGAAAAAGGGGGAUCAGUAAACAGAAAAAUUAAGACGAAAGAGUAAGGUAUUUACGGUAUCACACCACUGCCGAUAACCUGAUAUGGGGGUCAGUUCAUCAAAAUGCAAGUAUAUUUACAUAAAAUAAUAUAUCUAACUGCUUACUCAGUAACCGUUUUUUGUUUUCUUUGUCAUAAUGCCAACUAUUUGCCUGGAAGCCAAACUACAUUGAGAUAGGUGUGCUGAGGGACGUGGUCUUAUACAUUGCUGUUCUGCUUUUUGAUGAGGAAACUGCCUUGCUAAUUGCUUUGUAUUCUCGCAUAGAGUGAGUGUCUGUGCCCUGCCAAUGAAAUGGAGGGCUUACACCUCACUGCAAGAAAAUCAAAAGAUUUCAUUUUGAACUAUACGCCACAGGUGGCUGACCUUGGUUCUUAAAAGCUAGCAUCUUCUGUUUUUUUGGUUGAUCCAACAUUUUUCACAGUUAGUUGACAGGCCCAUAUGUUCACAGCAUUAAUAAUAAAUCAGUUAGACCACAGAGGUUGCCAGGAAUUAGAGCUCUCCAGGAGAAAGGGAAAGGUUUUUUUUAUUGCACAAUGCUUUGCAGCACUUACCAGGACACACACGGACAAUAAUAUACUGUAGAUUGACAGAAAUCCUUAUAGUAUUUAAAGACGAAGUGUACCAAAGCCUUAAUAUAAAAAGAACAUAAGCCUUGUACAAAAUGUUUAUCAUAAUCAAAUACACAUUUUGUCCAAGUUCAAUGCAAUGUCAGGCACAUUUUGUGUAUAUAAAAUGUAUUAAAAUACAGUUUUAUAUCUGACAGAGUAUUGAAAAGACUCACUUUACAAGCACAAAUCUGUAUAUACAUAUAUAUAUGUUUAUAUUUAACUUAAAAGUGUGACUGCGGGAGUGUGACUAAGGGGAAAUUUUACAAUGUGUCCCCAAAUCCACUCCAUUUUGAUUUGCAAUGGUAUCUCAGUGCUUUUUAUUUGUGUCGUCGUGUUCUCUCUAGCAAUGAAUAUUGAAAAUGUAUAGCAAGUGUUCUGUUUCUAUCUAAUUGUGUAUUCAUGUCUCAUUGGGUUUCACUGUGAUUUCAGUUGAAAUAUCACGUUUGACAUACGGAACUGAGCUGUUGGUGAUUUUUUUUUUUGAAAAUGGUAAAAAAAAUCAUUUAAACCUUCUCAGUCUCUGUCUCACUUAUUUGACUUAUUUCCCCUACAUCAUU